AUUACAAGAAACAACAAAACUAAUUGGGCUCUUUUGUUUCAUUAAAGACAUAGAACCACUAUCACACGACCCCGCAACCGAGGAAACAGACAAAAUAAAAGCACACCCAAAACAAAAGUACCUUCUCCUCUUUCUUUGUGUUACUCACUCUCACUCAUGACUCACCUUCAUCUUCCUACCUUUUUUCUUACCCACGGUCACUAAACCUGCACUCAUUCACACCAUAAAAACCCUUUCCUCUCCCUCUUCAUUUCAUUAUCAUAUCUAUUCUGGCUCUUCCAACCAUGGAAGCUUUCACUUUGCUCAAAUACUUGAAACCAACUGAAGCAACACCUCAACCUCAACCUCUACCUCCUCCUAUAGAAGAAGAAGACACCGACUACAUCGAAACCACUACCGACGAAGAAGACGACGACGAGCCUUUCUUUGACAUAGAGUUUGCUGUACCCGACGAAGAAGAAGAACAAGAACAAGAAGAAGAACCAAACGAGUCUGAGAAUGAACUCGGAUUUACGCUUUCCCCUUUGACCAACGAGCAACUUCAGUUGGAACUGAAUUCCUCCGAACCUAACUCCAAGCCUCAGUUCACCGCCUCGUUCUUGAAAUCCGCCACCAAGCUCCGUGUUUUCAUGUCUGGUGCUCUCAACAAAUCCAAAUCCUCUGACACUACUGCCCAAAAACCAGAGUCGCAGAAAAAGAAACUGUUUACUGUGAAAUUCAAAGUAGAUGAAGUUCCAUUUGUGUCCUUCUUCACAAGAGAUAACAGUUCUAAGGGAAAAACUAGUGAUACUGAUGACAAAGCCUCUCACAAGCAUAAGAAACAGCACAACACUGAGGAAGAAGAAGAACCAAAGUUACAUUCACCUUCUUCUGCUUCUUCGGACGAGAAACUACGGUUCUCCAAGGAAGUAAUGCAGAAAUAUUUGAAAAAGGUAAAACCUCUUUAUGUAAAAGUUUCUCGAAAAUAUGCGGAGAAGCUCAAGUUUUCUUCUAGCCAGUUGAACUCGUUGCCGGUGAAGAAACCUCCGGCGGAGAAGGUUCGGACGGAAAAUGAAGGGAACAAGAACAAUGUAAAAAGUCAGAAACAGGGGAGUCUGCCUCUGCCUGCAGGGUUGAGAGUUGUGUGCAAACAUUUGGGGAAGAGCCGUUCGGGGUCGCUGGCAACAGAGGUAGCGGCGGUGUCGUCAAAGAGGAGAGAUGAUUCUACGGUGCAGCAACAGGAUGGGAUUCAGAGUGCCAUUUUGCAUUGCAAGAGCUCCUUCAAUGCUUCCAAAGAAUGUGAUCCGUUGAAGUUUGAAUCGUCAAGAAAACAUGGAAAUGCGUUGGAAGAUGAGGGAGGGUUUUUGAAGUAGUUUUCAGUUAUGUUAGGUUUUUGAAAGGAAACGUGUCUAGUGGCGCAUUAGGUUUGUUACUUUGUACAAAGGAAAAUGUUACUACUAGGUAGCUAGUAAGUAUUUAAAUUAGGGUUUGUGUUAGGAUGUGUUUAAUGUUGCAGAAAAGAAAGUAAAAUGUUGGGUUGUAGGGAGCAACAGUGGCUAUUGCAGGUGACAAUAACUGUUUUCCGAUGAAUCAACCUAGACUUUGGGUCUAGUAAAGGCGACAGUGAGUAACUGUGCCUAUUUUUUUUACUACUUGUACCGGAACUGCUUCAUGAAAUGUAGCCUACUAGCAUACUUUUUUCUUUAAACAAUUG